UUAAAUUGUAAAAACUUUUCAGGCUUGUUGGACAAAUUUUUUUAAGUAAACUUUUUAUUCAAAAUUUUAAAAUGCAGCGUCUGUCGAGGACCAGAUCGCUGUUGCGUGCAGAGUGUAGACUUCUGGUUGUACGGGCCGUGCGGGCCGCUUGCUCGGAGUCGGCGGAGCCGGAUAAGUUGCCGGAUAUCAAACAUACGGGCAUAUUUAUAAACAAUGAGUGGGAAGAUAGCUGUUCGGGUAAAACGUUUUGCACGAUAAACCCGGCCACCGAGGAUUCGCUGGGGACAGUUGAAAGGGGCGGCGAGGAGGACAUAGAUCAUGCCGUGGCAGCGGCCCAGAAGGCAUUUCAAGCGGGCUCGUCCUGGCGUCGCAUGGAUGCCUCGGACCGGGGUCGUCUGCUCUACCGGCUGGCGGAUCUAAUCGAACGCGACCGGGUGCAUCUGGCCAGCCUGGAGUCCGUGAACACGGGCAAACCCUAUGCCGUAACGAUCAAUGUGGAUCUGCCGCUGACUAUCAAGAAUCUGCGCUAUUUUGCCGGUUGGGCGGACAAGAUUCAGGGCAAGACGAUACCCGCGGAUGGUAAAUUCCUCUGUUACACACGGCACGAGCCCGUCGGCGUCUGUGGCCAGAUCAUACCCUGGAACUUUCCGCUGCUGAUGCUUGCCUGGAAAUUCGGACCCGCUCUGGCCGCGGGCAAUACACUUAUACUGAAGCCGGCCGAGCAGACGCCUCUGACGGCGCUUUACGUCGCCGAACUGGUUAGGGAAGCCGGCUUUCCGCCGGGUGUUGUCAACAUUGUGCCCGGCUAUGGGGAUAUUGGGGCCUAUCUGGCCCAACAUUGCGGUGUCGACAAGAUCGCCUUUACGGGCUCCACGGAGGUGGGCAAAGAGAUCAAGGUGACAGCGGGUCAGACCAAUCUGAAGCGUGUGACCCUCGAGCUGGGUGGCAAGUCGCCCCUGAUUGUCCUAAAUGAUGCCGACAUGAAUUAUGCCGUGGAGAUGUCGCACUUCGGACUCUUCUUCAACAUGGGUCAGUGCUGUUGUGCCGCGUCGCGCACUUUCGUGCAGGAUGAGAUCUACGACGAGUUCGUGUGCCGCAGUGUGGAACGCGCCAAGAAACGCAAAUUGGGUAACCCCUUCGACGAGGACACCGAACAGGGUCCACAGAUUAGCGAGAAACAAAUGAAUCGAAUCUUGGAGUACAUUGAAACGGGCAAGGACGAAGGAGCCGAGCUCCUGACGGGCGGCAAGCGUGCCAAAGGCCCGGGCUACUACAUAGAACCGACUGUGUUCGCCGAUGUCGAGGACGACAUGACCAUUGCUCGCGAGGAGAUCUUCGGACCCGUUCAGCAGAUUUUGCGUUUCGAGGAACUGGACGAGGUGGUCGAGCGUGCCAACGACUCGGCCUACGGCCUGGCCGCCGGGGUAUUCACCAAGGAUCUGGACAAGGCCAACUACAUUGUGAAUGGCCUGCGAGCUGGCACCGUUUGGGUCAACACAUACAAUGAGCUGGGCGCCCAGACGCCCUUCGGUGGCUACCGAAUGUCCGGACAUGGACGCGAAAACGGCGAGUAUGCGCUCCGCAACUAUACGGAGAUCAAGAGCGUUAUUGUCAGACUGAGGGAGAAGCAAUCCUCCUCCUGCUGUUCAGAGACCAGAGAUGUUGAAUAUUGAUUGAGUAAUUGAGCGUAUUGAGGCUUUCAGAAAUUGGAAAUAUGAAGAGAUUUCUUGUGUAAAUAUCGCAUUUUUUUUUGCAGAUGCGAUUUAUAAUUUAUGAAUAAAGUUUUACUUGGUCUUUAUUAUUAUGAA